AUGCGCAACUCGACUACAUCAAAAAGCAAUUUAAAUGUCUUUAUUCGGGUAAGUGAAUCUCAAAUUUCUACGAAACGCAAAAGCACAAUCACAGUGAGCGUAGUGCUUGGUAUUGUAGGUGCACUCACCCUUGCUCUGGGUAUCUCUUCAAUUUUAAUUUGGCGAAGGCAUCAGCUGCGGUCGAUGGACUGGCGUGCAGAUUUCCCAUAUUCCUUUCUCACAAUUUUUAGUUACAAGGAAUUGAAAACUGCAUCGAGGAAUUUGAGGUCUAAGUUAGGGAGGGGAGGAUUCGGCUCCGUGUUUAAAGGAUCUCUACCAGAUGGUACGCUUGUGACCGUAAAGAAAAUGGAGGGUUCGAGACAAAAUGAGAAGCAAUUCAGAGCGGAAAUCAGUUCUCUUGGAAACAUUCAACAUGUGAAUUUAGUCAGGCUACGAGGGUUUUGUGCAGAAGGAUCGAGACGGCUUUUGGUUUAUGAUUAG